AUGGCGUGCAUCAAGAGAGCGCAGCGGCGGCGCGGCGCUGACGGCGCUGGCGCGCCGGACGCGCCGUAUACCUCGCCCCAAGGCACCAUGACCGGCGCCAUCGACUUGAGCUUCUCCAACUCCGCCAACAUCGAGAUCUUCCGCCUCGACUUCCAGUCCGACUCCCGGACCUCCGCUCCUCGCCUCCGCGCCCCCUCCCGGACCGCUUCAACCGCCUCUCCUGGUCGCGCCCGAUGCCGCCGAGGGCGACUCGCCGGCGCUUGGACUCUCGCCGGUGGCCUCAGCGAUGGCUCCGUCGCCCUCCGAGGGAAAGCGGAGGACGCCAUGGUCGCGCGUCUGGAGAAGCACACCGGGCCUGUUUGUGGACUGGAGUUCAGUGAGCUCACGCCGAAUAGGCUCGCUUCUGGGGCUGAGCACGGGAAGCUUUGCAUCUGGGAUCUCAAGAACCCUGUUGAGCCAAUUGUGUACCCACCACUCAAGAGUGUUGUGUCCCAUGCGCAAGCUGAAAUCUCUUGUUUAUCCUGGAAUCCCAAGUUCCAACAUAUAGUUGCCUCAACUUCGAGUAAUGGGAUGACAGUUGUUUGGGAUUUAAGGAAUCAGAAACCACUGACUAGUUUUUCAGAUUCAAAUCGAAGGAAAUGCUCUGUUCUCCAAUGGAAUCCAGAUAUGUCCACCCAGCUGAUUGUUGCAUCAGAUGAUGACAACUCUCCCUCACUGAGAGUAAUUACCUUUUCUAAAUCCCCUUUCCUCUGCACACCCAAUCCCCCAAAAUAA